AUGAAGUUCGUCUCAGCUUUCGUUGCUGCGUUGGCCGCUUUAGCGGUCGUGUCCUCCGCAGACUCCACUGAUGCUGUAGAGCGCAGGCUUAUCCUCGGCGGAACCACGGUACCCAAGGGCAGGAAGACCUACUAUGCUGGUAUGCGCAAAACGGCGGAGGGCAAGAACUUCUGCGGCGGUACCCUCAUCAGCCCCAUCCACGUGCUCACUGCCUCGCACUGCGUCACGUACGACAUCCGCUGGGUCUCGAUCGGCUCGCACUAUAACAAUGGCACCCAGGACGGAGAGCAGAUCAAGGUCGUGUCGGUGAUGAACCACCCAAAUUUCACUGAGGCGUUGAAAUUCUCCAACGACUUUGUCAUUUUGGAGCUGGAGGUCGCGUCGACGAUCACGCCUGCGAAAUUAGCCAAGGCCGACGACUCUGAUUUCAAGGACGGCGCCACAGUGACAACCGUGGGAACUGGACGUCUGUCGGAGGGCACGACGGCGCUAGCAGGUCACGAGCUGCAGCGUGUGGAUUCGACGCUGAUCACUAACGAAAAAUGCGCCGAGUACGGCAAGAUUACAGUGGACGACUCUAUGAUUUGCGUGGGUGGACAGAUCAGCAUGGGCUACUGCGACGGUGACUCGGGUGGCCCGGCCUUCAUCGAGUACUCCGACGACGAUGCCGACGACGUAGUGGUUGGAGUGGUCAGCUGGCGCAAUUGGCGCGAUGGUGAAGUAUGCGGCCGCGGAAAGAGUUUGCCAAUGUUGUACUCACGCGUCUCGUACGCUCGGUCUUGGAUCGAUCCCAUUAGGAAGUCCUCGUGCUUCGAAUAGGCUAGAUAAAGUGCCAGGAGUGUUGGACCAUAAUACAGUUUUUUCAUAG